UGUUGCGACCGGAAGAGGUCGAUGUGAUGAGGACCAUUUGACACAAACCUGAAACAGAAAAGAGAAAUUCACGAUUCUGAAAUUCUAUAAGCAACAGAAACCAUAAGAUAAACGACGCCAGGAUAUAUUCAUUUGUCUUCAACUUUGUAUUUAGGGGAAGAAAAGAGAUACACGGAGUCAUUGGUUGUGGAUGUCACGCUAGAAAAUCCGGCCAUUUUGAGAGGCUGGAGCCCAAACAAGGACAUGGAGAGUUACGAGGACUUCUGUCUGCGGAGCCUGGCCAGACUGCAGACGGCGAGCCAGGGGAAGAGCCAAGGCCAACAGACAGGUUGUGAGCCAACUGGUCCUGUGGAAGCUCUCUCCUUCAUCCACUUCCAUGGAAGGGCUGUGCUCUCCCCCUUGCUGAGUGUGGAGCAGCGCAGCGAGAUGUCCCAGUACAGACAGAGGGCUGCCCAGCUGGAGGUGGACAGACAGGCACUACGCAGCAGAAGCCUGCUGGCCAGGGUUCAGGACAUCCUGGACAGUGCUCAGGUGGACAAAGUACCAGAGAUGGAGGGUAAAAUGGAUCUACCAACUCCGCCAUAUUGCCUUUCCCCAAAACCUGAGACAGUGAAUGGCUACACCCUGGUGACAGACUCCCCUGGGCUACCCAGGGGCGGUGGUGUGGUUGGGCUACACAUUACGGAUCGGCCCACCACCCCUCCACCUGAGUCCCCCAUAGUCCUGAAUGGGUACAGGGCAGAGGAGAGAGAGAAGCAGGUAGAGGAGGAGAGGUGGGAGGUAGAGGAGGAGAUGAGGAGGAGAGGAGGAGAUGGGGGCGGUCAGGAUUUGAGUUUCCAGAGCCUUCUGAGGAGGUCGAGGGAGUAUGUGGAGAGAGAGCAGGCCCAGAGGGGGUCAAAGGUCAUCGGCAGGGUCACUUCCACCACCCCAUCUGCGGAGAGCCUCUCUGACAAGGAGAACGAGAGCCGCAGUCCUCUGGGAGAGAUGAAACCUGAACAGGGGUACAGCCUGCGCCACAGUCCGCUAAACCCACCUCAGACCCAGGCCCACAUCCAUCACCAGAGUCAGUAUCCUGCCCAAGCGCAAGCCCAGUACCAGGCUGUGUGUGACCCAUAUGACUCUCGGUUUAGCUGCCUCUCAUCUGGCCUCCCCGACCCUUACGCCCUCCUGCCCAGCCCUGAACCCAGCAUGAGUCCCCGCCCCCACCGCCGCCGUCCACGUCCAGUGUCCACUGGUAACAUCCUGAUCUCCUUCCCCAUUGGCUCGGCCGACCUCAUCCCCAGAGGGCUAGUGGGGAGGCACCAGGAGAGCACUGUUGUCAUGGCGACAGGGGGGAUGAGGUCACCGGAACGGGGGUCAGGCGUCAGUGACGGUAGUAGUCGUCGUGGCAGCCAGUGUGGCACCAGCCCGGUCCAGGAGAAGAGCUGCAGUCCAGUCAGUACCUCCGGAACUGGUUCACAUGGGCAUCAUGACAUCAUCAGCUCCGGGUUUCGCCGGCGCUGCCACACCCUAGACAGCCAGCUCCACUCCUCCCAUUCUGCCUCAGGACCUGGCAUGGACCACAGCCAGGAGAGGCUCCCGCGCUUCAUGGGGGGAGUGCCUCGUUUGGCCCCGAGCCGUAGGAGCCCCGCGGUCCCCCUGAAUCAGUCCUAUGAGGUGGAGAACCCCUCGGCAACGCUGCUAAGGCCCCACGUGAGACCCUUAACCCCUGACCUCUCUCCUUGCCAGAUGAGACUGGAUCCUGAGGGGCCUCAGGGGCCCCAUGAUGGACGCAUCACACCCAGCUCUUCCCUAGAGGAGCAGGACAGUAAGACAGAGGAGACCCAGCGACAUGUGAGUGCUCUGGAGGAGAUGCAGAGGCGCCUGGAGGAGGAACAUGCCCUGCAGAUGUCUCUUCUCAUGGCUGAACAGAAGAGAGAACAACAGCGCCUCUGUCAGGAGCUGGAUGAGAAGGGGAAGAGGCUGAGAGAGCAGGGGUGUGGCCGGCUCCUGAGUGGGGACGGUGGACUCAGCCCUUCCUGCCCGAGCCUUAGCCCCACCCUGAGUGCUACUGAUAGGUCACCUAGACACAGUGUACACAGCAUGGGUUUCUCCUCUCCACUGAGAUCCAGUGCUCCCUCUCCCUCCAUGCAGCCUCCUGUCUACCUGUGGGGGCCCACCUGGGGGGCCAGCAAGCCCCGGGGAAGGCUCAGUCAGGUUGUGACAGUUGAACAGCAGAGGGCGCUGUGUCGUCUGGGAGCCAUCAGUUGUGGGUUCCUCACCCGCAGACUGCUCCAGACAGAGAAGGUGAAACAGCUGCGCCAGACCAUUCAGGACACACAAGAGUUCAUCUGCUCGUUCCAGACUGAAGCUCCACAGAAGAGAGGAUCCAUCUCAGCACAGGACCUGUCUCUGCAGGAGAGAGUCAGGGCACAGUUGCGUGCGGCUCGAUAUGACAUCCAUGACAUCUUCUUUGAGAUGCCCCUGGAGGAGAGGCUGGCUCUGCUGCAGCUGGACAGAGAGGUCCGCACAGAGAAGAAGCUACGAGAAAUGGAGAAAGCCAGGAGUCCUAAUGACAGAGUGCUGUCUGCUGCCACACAGAGGUCACUGGACAGGAAGAAGAGGGUGGGUGAGUCUCCAGGACAAGCCAGGAAAGUACAGAAGAAGCCAAAGAGCCCUCCCACUAACAGGAUCCUGAAGCCAAGUCAGGGUCAGAAUGCCUCUGUCCCAGGUCAGCUAAACCGACAGGGUCUGUCUGUCAGGAGCUGGUACAGAAAUACCCCGGAGGACAGAGUGAGGCGCUCAGACAGCCUGAAGAAGCAUAACUCCCUGGGCUAACUGAUUCCUCCCUCAGUCCCUCUGACCCCUCACUCCCUGACCCUUGAACUCUGAGCCUUCUAUCGGCCCCAUGUUCCACUAUGGUUCGACCACCACCAAUGCUACUAGUCUCUCCAACCUCCCUCUAACCUCCCUCUGAAGGUUCAGUCCAGUGCUCUCUGCCCAGGGAACACCCUACCAAAUGUAUUGUUACUUUAGUUACAUAGAUUUUCUACUAUUACAAACUUAUGAACAGUUCAUGUAUCCCUUAGGUUUUAAUGCUGCUGUGCACUCUUGUGCCAAGAUAAUUCAUGCAUUAAUGCUGCUAGAUAGCUAUAUUUGCUGCUUAACUUGCAAAGACUUUGUAGCUAGAGGCCUUCUGUAGUGGAUAUGUAGUAGGGAGAAGGACUCAUAAAGAACCAUUACAAAAGUAAAGGAAGUAGAUUCCAUUAGUCUGGAUUGUCUUCUGACAGGUGGCGACAUUCCUCCUCUCAUUUUUUAAUGUAAAAAAAUGUAAUCUUUAUUUAACCAGGCAAGUUAGAACAAAUCCUUAUUUACAACGACGACCAACCCCGGCCAAACCAGGACGAAGCUGGCCAAGUUAAAACAAAUCCUUAUUUACAACGACGGCCAACCCCGGCCAAACCAGGACGACGCUGGCCAAGUUAAAACAAAUCCUUAUUUACAACGACGGCCAACCCCGGCCAAACCAGGACGACGCUGGCCAAGUUAAAACAAAUCCUUAUUUACAACGACGGCCAACCCCGGCCAAACCAGGACGACGCUGGCCAAGUUAAAACAAAUCCUUAUUUACAACGACGACCAACCCCGGCCAAACCAGGACGACGCUGGGACAAUUGUGCGCCUCCCUUUGGGACUCCCAAUCACGGCCGGGUGUAAUGCAGCCUGGAUAACCUCAACACAGUCGUCAACAUAGCCGUGGCGUUAUCUGACGUAAGACAAUGAGAGGUUUGUGAACUGUUAAACACACUGGCGACCUUUCCAGACACAGAAACACCUCAGAAAUAGAGAUCAUUGUGUGAUUACCUAGCUUUAACCCUUGCUAUAGUAGUCAUCUCCCUCUGCUGGUAGUCACAGAUAGUUGCCAUGUAAAAAAAUGUAUUUUAAACAUACAGUAUUUAUUUCUUAUAUAGUUUUUGUUAAAGCGCCCUGUCCCUAUAAUACAUGGUGCUGAACUCUCAGCUCUGUGUGAAGUCUGGAACAUUUCAAAUUGGUUUGUGUGUGAUGUGUGCAAUUUGAAAUAUCAAUGUGUUUAGCUGCAAAACGUCACAGCCAAAUGAAAGAAAAUGUACAGUUGAAUGUACUAUUGUCUUAUUUUACACUGUACCAAGAGAAACAUGCUUUGGUUUCAGAUGGUUUGUUUAUCCGGCAUGUUUGAGCUGUAGCUGACAGACAAACCUCUGUCUCUGGAGAGUAUUUAGAAUAUCCCAUACAGAAAUGUAGCUGACAGACAAACCUCUGUCUCUGGAGAGUAUUUAGAAUAUCCCAUACAGAAAUGUAGCUGACAGACAAACCUCUGUCUCUGGAGAGUAUUUAGAAUAUCCCAUACAGAAAUGUAGCUGACAGACAAACCUCUGUCUCUGGAGAGUAUUUAGAAUAUCCCAUACAGAAAUGUAGCUGACAGACAAACCUCUGUCUCUGGAGAGUAUUUAGAAUAUCCCAUACAGAAAUGUAGCUGACAGACAAACCUCUGUCUCUGCAGGGUAUUUAGAAUAUCCCAUACAGAAAUGUAGCUGACAGACAAACCUCUGUCUCUGGAGAGUAUUUAGAAUAUCCCAUACAGAAAUGUAGCUGACAGACAAACCUCUGUCUCUGCAGGGUAUUUAGAAUAUCCCAUACAGAAAUGUAGCUGACAGACAAACCUCUGUCUCUGCAGGGUAUUUAGAAUAUCCCAUACAGAAAUGUAGCUGCGUUUCACAAACAAACAUGACUGAGAUACCUGGAAUAUCUGAAAUCUGACAGUGUAUAUGAGAGGAUUUACAGAGAAAACAUUAACAACGAAAACCAAUGUAACUCACCAGUGUGCAGUAGCUAUAACAUCCUUUUCUCAAAGCAGUCUUCUUGUAGCCUGACUGAUGCACAGGCCCACGUGGUACAAAGUGAGAGGAGAGCUUGUGGUACUUACAAGAGCGUUAGCCAGGGAAGUCUUCUUUCCCCACCAAGGGGCUGAUGUAUCUGACCUAGGGGCUGAUGUACCCCACCUAGGGGCUGAUGUACCCCUCCUAGGGGCUGAUGUACCCCCUAGGGGCUGAUGUACCCCACCUAGGGGCUGAUGCAUCCCACCUAGGGGCUGAUGUAUCCCACCUAGGGGCUGAUGUAUCCCACCUAGGGGCUGAUGUAUCCCAGCUAGGGGCUGAUGUAUCCCACCUAGGAGCUGAUGUAUCCCACCUAGGAGCUGAUGUAUCUCACCUAGGAGCUGAUGUAUCUCACCUAGGGGCUGAUGUAUCCCACCUAGGAGCUGAUGUAUCUCACCUAGGAGCUGAUGUAUCUCACCUAGGGGCUGAUGUAUCCCACCUAGGGGCUGAUGUAUCCCACCUAGGGGCUGAUGUAUCCCACCUAGGGGCUGAUGUAUCCCACCUAGGGGCUGAUGUAUCCCACCUAGGGGCUGAUGUAUCCCACCUAGGAGCUGAUGUAUCUCACCUAGGAGCUGAAGUAUCUCAUCUAGGGGCUGAUGUAUCCCACCUAGGGGCUGAUGUAUCCCACCUAGUGCCUGAUGUACCCCACCUAGGGCAAUCCUGGGUGGGAAACAGCAUACACUAAGGUGUCAUUAUGUGUCAUUCUGUGAAAGAGUUGGAUACUGACCCUGAGUCAGUUGCUAGGGGGAUUUGUAUAUUAAUAACUGGCGUAACUAUGUAUCUGCUAAAGCAGCACUACACCACCAUACAUGGCCUUUUGUAGCAUUGACAGAUUUCUGGUGUUUUUGACUGGCUUUGAUUAAUUUAAUUAGCAAUUUAUGUCUUGAAUACAACAUUUUUGUAAUUUUGCCCUGUUUACAGCCUGUGCUUGAUGUAUUUAUUUCCAAAUGACCAAUGAUAUUAAAUAUUGAUAUUUGAAUGUCUGUGUUGUAUUCAUGUAAGUGAAUAUAUUCCGUGGCAGUAAUUAUUUUUGCAGGAAAAUCAGGACAUUUCAACCUGUAAUAUAUUACUGGACUCUAUAAUUUUGCACGCCCAAUUUUUCCGUUUUUGAUUUGUUAACAAAGUUUGAAAUAUCCAAUAAAUGUUGUUCCACUUCA